AUAUGUUCACUAGCGGUUUCUAAGAAAGAGAAUCUUUUCUUUCAUGACAAUGAAAUGAGAUUGUUCAAAUAUUUUCCAGAGACAAACGGAGUCCAUCGUAUAGUUGCAAACAUUCAUGUUUUAUCUCCUUUCGUUGAAAAUAUGGUCCAUCAUCGACAUUCGGAUUCCGCUCCAAAAAUUACGAUAUACCCAUCUAGACACCACCAUCCACCCGGAUUUCAGUAUGCAGACUCUUGGAUAUCUAAAUUUUGUAGACGAAUUGAAUUACCGACUACUAUUUUGAUUAGCACGACUGUUGUGGCUCUUGUAAUUUUUCGUUUUUCGUCUAGGUUAAGAUAGAGCGAAUCAUUGUUUAUAGCCAAAG